AUGGCCCGACUUACAGCCGUAUUUCCUUCCGUCCUAGGAGUUGAGGGUGCAGUUGGUUUGUUCCUGCACGUGCUGGUGAGUGGUCCAGCCGCCGAUUGCAGUAAGGAAGAGGAAGAGGAGAUCCAAGAAGAUGAAGAAGCCAAAGACAAUCAGGAGCAGACGUAUCAAGCCUGCCUCGCGGAUGCCUGCAUGACCCACCAGAAGAACUUCGGUGAUGCAGGAAAAGAGACAGAGGAAGAAAGUGAGAUGGAGUCUGCUCUGAAGCACAAGAAGGAGCUGCGUGUGGUCGCUGCGGACGGCGAGUGCAAAGAAG